AUGCUCCUGGCUGCAGUCCUCGCCUCUGCCCUGCUCCUCUGCUCCGUGGAUGGCCAGAGGUGCUCAACCCUGACGGGGAUUCUGGACGUCAACUUCCUCAUCGGCAAGCUGCAGAAAGACCCACCUUCAAAAUGCAACUGCAGCGCCAACGUGACCAGUUGUUUGUGUCUGCCCAUCCCUUCUGAUGACUGCAUCGGACCAUGCUUCCGAGAGGGGCUGUCACAGCUGACCAACACCACGGUGCAAACAAGACACCCACUGGUUUUCAGUCGGGUGAGAAAAACAGUUGAAGUCCUAAAGAACAACAAGUGCCCAUUUUUUGCCUGUGAACAGCCGUGCAACCGAACCACAGCGGGCAACACGGUGACAUUUCUGACGAGUCUCCUGGAAGUUUUCCAGAAGGAAAAGAUGAGAGGGAUGAAAGGAAAAGCAUGA